AUGCCAACGCAAGAGAUUGAAGUUGAAGAUGCAGAGGUCGAAGAGGAUGACGAUGAUGAUGAUGAAGACGACAAUGAUGACAAGACAUACAAGUUGAUUAUCACUCAAAUGCACCUACGCAAAGUCGGAAAGGGCCACUUGGAAGCUUGGUGCACAGCGGCGUGCUUCAUUCCAAAGAUUAUGAGACCCUUCAUGGACAUCCUGAUGAUCUUGCAGGUCAGUAUAGCAUGCCAUGGCAUUGCAGAGGAGUUGUGGGAUCUCGAUGAAUGGCCAGAUGUUGACCAGGAGAAGGCUUCCGAGUUAAUGAAGCAGUUUUGCACUCUUCUGAAGAUCAUUCCAGGCCUGUCAAAGCUACUUCCCAGCCUCGACAAUGAUCCAGACAGCUGUCACGGCACAUUAGAUCCUGUGCCCUAA